AUGUCCGCUGCUAUGGAUAGCGACUUUCAGCUAUUCUCUCCACGCCAUUCGGGCCGGGAUGAGGCUCAGGCAAGCCAUUCAUCGGCGGAGAACACCCAAGAUUGGACGCAAUGGAUGCGAUGGGAUGAGCCGAUGUUCUCAGAAGGCGAUGCGAACCCCAUGGACAAUUCCAUGAACGUCCCAUUCGUCUCACCGCAUACGUCCUUCAGUUCCCCGUCUCAGCCAAACCAGAAGGAUUUCUCUCCCCAUCUUCCUCUUGGUUUGAUGGAAUUUCCAUCUGAACACAUGGACGGCCUGGGCGGCAGCGAGAAUACGGAGGCCGCACUACAAAACGGACCAGGACAGCACCAGCAACAGUCAGGGCUGGUCUCUCCAAUCUCGAGUAUUGCAACGACUCGCAAGCGAAAGACGAGCAACGAAGAUGACGCCACCACCGUGACUGGCCCUAUGCAGCCAGGAAAGAAGAUGCCGGCCAAGAAGCGAGCCCAUAACGUCAUUGAAAAGCGCUAUCGAGCCAAUCUCAACGAAAAGAUUGCCGAGCUCCGAGAUAGUGUGCCCAGUCUGCGGACAAUGAAGAACGCAAAUGGCGAGUCACCCGAUGACGACGACGAAGGAGAAGGCGGACAAUCCGCGAGCAAGCUCAACAAGGCUUCCAUUCUGGCCAAAGCAACAGAUUACAUUAAGCACCUGGAAAUCCGGAACAAGCGCCUCGAAGAAGAAAACACAGGGCUGAAGAACCGGCUUCGCCAGGUCGACAAAGCGGCCGAUCAGGCGGUCACAUCCACAGCCUCCGUAUCAUCUCCCAGUAACUAUACAGCUUCAUCCGACUCUGCUGCUGGAAAUUCGCCCAGCGUGUUUUCCCACACUGAGGAAAUCGCUAGUGACAGCUCGCCCACCUCCCAGCAUCCACCCGAGGGGUUGAUUAAGGUGCCCGAAGCCUUCAAACGAAUGCGUGCGGAAACCCCCAAGCAAGGGAUCUUUGCCGAAUCAUAUAUCAAAGGACCAUCUCGAAGCACACAAAACAGUCGAAAUGAUGAUUCCCGUCGGCGGUCAAGGCUUCCAAACAAGUACAUGCUGGGGGCACUCGCUGGGCUGAUGGUUCUCGAAGGCAUGGGAUCGGAGAAGUCGGAGUCCGGUGAGAAGGGUCUUUUCGCUCUGCCCGUGAAUCUCUUGCAUCGCUUGCAAUCCCCGUCCGUUGUACAUUGGGAGUACUAUCUCAAGAGUUUCCGGUACUCAUCGCAUGCGCGCGCGAUUUCACACUUCUUUCUCCUGGGCUCGUUGGUCGUGGGUUCUGCCUUCAUUGUAUUUGUCUAUCUUUUCAACGCCCAGCCUGUGACACAGCGCGCUCCAUCUGACUCCGUCUCAGAGGAGAAGAAUGGCCCUACAUCGAGUGGAAUACGGCGACAGGCUUGGUUGACAAGUAUGCAACGGGUUGGAGUUCCACGUCACAGGUUUUUCCGCGAGUGGUACGUGGUGACUUCGCGAUGUUUCGAAUAUGUCCUGCGAUGUCUGAUGGGCUGGAAGGUCUAUUCGUGGGCUACUGGAAUUACAGAGGAGGAUGAGAAGGGGCGUGUCAAGACAUGGGACAUUGCUAUCGAUGCCCAGCUCACUGGUGGCGAUGCUGAGAUUAGCAAGAGCCGCCUUGUGCUCACCAUUUUUGCUGCCGGCACCCUUCCCUCUAGCCCGAUGCGGAUGAUGUUAAAGGCUCUACAUGUCCGCAUCUUGAUGUGGAGAGUUGGCGAACCCGGAUCCUGGAGCUUCCAUGUUUCGAACGACAUUGCCCGUACCCUUGCCCGGUAUCAGUGGGGCGUGGCACGUACUAUCAAUGAUGCGCUGCCCGAAGGCCACCCUGACCAGCUUCCCAGUCAUUUGGCGGCUCUCCUGGAGCUUGAUUGCGAAGAUGUGAUGGUUGCCCCCAUUAUCCAGCGUGCGGUCAACUUGACUUGGAACCGACCUACACAAGAAGGUACCGGUGACGAUGAGGUGCUUCUCGACGUGGUUGAAGAGGAUCCCGCUAUCCAGUGCUCUGUGGAUGCCCUCGCAGCCUGGUGGUCCAGCCAUCUCCUUCAAAACGCGCUUCUCAAAUACUUCCAGGCUAGCGAAGGAGGGCCAGUGUCGAAGCCGAGCCGCGACGCUUUCAAAGAGAAGAUUCGCAUGUCGCUUGACGUCGCACCACGACUCUCGGCGUCGUAUACCCGUGCUCUAGUGAUGAAGGCGGUCUUCUUCGACCAUGAUCGUAUCCAGAAUGUCGGGGCCGUGCUCGCAACAUUGCCAAAAGAUAAGAGAAAGGGCGAGCGAAGCCAGGCGGCCAACUUCCUGGACUCUUCCCUGCCGGUGUCUGUUCGUGACGAGAUUUCUAUUGCCGUACGGUGUGCGAUGAUUGCCGCCAUCAUUACCGCACGCUCGACCGGAGACACAUCGUUACCUUCGUCCUUCACGAUCCACAAGGCGAUCCAAUGGUUCAACCAACUUCCGAUUGACCCAGUGGAACUGACCCUUAUUGGUUUCUCGUCUGUAUACCAUUUGCUGCACCUCCUCGGCUCCGAUGUUGACUACAUCGUCUCAUCCGAUUCAUCUGCCCCAUCGACCCCCGCUUCCGAGGCAACCUCAUCCGCCGACGACGAAGCCGAGGAAAAGCCUCGGUCGGGCCGCAAGCUCGCCGUCUGUCCGCGCGACAUCCCCAACCUCGGGCGCGUGGCUGCCGAGCUCAUCUACUGGGCGCGGAAUGCCUACAACCCAGCCUUCUAUGGCUUCUCUUCGCACCUGGUCGAAGUUGUUGUGAAGUCUUGCACAACGAUUUGCGAAAAUGCCGGGGUGAACAUUGACGAGUAUCUGCGCGUUACGCCCGACAGGACCCAGUCCAAGAAACACCGAUAUCGACGGCGCAGAGGAACUUCAGUCAGGUCGGUCCAGAGCGAUGCUGAUCAAGAGCUGCUGGCAUCCAAUGUGGGGAAGCCUCUUCGCCGCGAGCGCUCAGCUAGCAACGACACUGGGUAUGGCAGCCUCAGCGUCGAAGAAGAGGUUCACAACAUCCCGAAUGUCCCCGCCGAUGUUCAGGAGGUUUCUUCUUGA